GACUGAUAUUCGACCGAGUUUCGGCAAACCCAUGGCACCCCGUCAUGUUGACAUUUGCACUCUACACCACACCGCCGCCCAUGACAGCUUUUCAUUGCCAGCAUGAUCGAGAGGACACUGAGAGCGAGCAGUAGAGCGUUUCAGGGAUGAGGCGGAUGGGGUCAAUCCCGUGCAUGCGCUCGUGAGAAAGCCGGUCGCCAUGACCACUGUGACAUCCACCAUGACCAUUCCAACACAAACAAUACAUUUCGCGGCACCCUCUUCUUCUUCUUCUUCUUCUUCGUCAUGUCAUCGCCUCACGCUACCAUCUCACGGGCAGCUGCAAGCAUGGGUACAACGUCCUCAUGCGAUCACCAAAUGCACAAUCGCAGACAUGUACGCAAUGCAGACUUUGGUCCCUUCUGAAGUGGACCCCGAGUCAUAUACCAUCCGAGAUGUAUUUUUGCAUGGACAAUGGCCCUGUAGGAUGGUCGAGAUAGUUGCAUGGGUAGCUGGCGUGGACUACAAAGAGUCAUACAUGAUUGUGACUUUGGACGACGGGGAUGGUAAACACGUCUUGCCGUUGAUCUUGAGAUUCAGGGAGCUGGAGAAGGCAGAGCACUCCGCUCACACGAUGACCCACCGACGUGAUCCCUCCGCCGCUGCGAUGAACGAGACUGAAACGAGCGGCAGCAAGUUUUUCAUGCCGAAGAAGGACAGGAAGGCUUUGCGUAAAGCUGCUGCUUUAGAGGAGAUCAAGUACGCCGACAAGUUGAGCUUCGCCAAGCAUCGAACGCCGACGUUUGAGCAAGUGGACGUCCGUGUAGGGGAUACUGUACGAAUCAUUGGGAGAGUUGAGGAAAAGCAGAGGAAGAGGGCCGAUCUUUGUCUUGAGCGGAUCCGGCAAGUCGUGGUUGCAGAAGGAUUAGGAGGAAGUCUAUCUGUGGUUGACCCGGACGAGCAGUAUGACCAUGCGCAGAUGUGCGCUGAACUUUGGGCGACUACGUACACGAGGCACUUCGAGAUCCCCGCCGUACCCUUGCCCACUAUGCCGUCCUCACCGGUCAAAAUCCCGGAUCGCUCGGAUAGCUUAGACGCAUCCAGCGAAAUUGGCGAUCUGGCGGAAGAUGAAGUCGACUUCAAGCUCCGAGACCCAUCAAAGUUGCGCCCUUCCCAGUUGACUGAAUCCACGUUCCGACAAUACCUUCUUGACUAUGUGAAUCAAGAACUGCUGUCAUCGCUCUAUGAAUGCGCGGAUCUCCAAGCCAGCGUGUCUGCGACAUUCCCAGAAUAUCGCGAUCUGCGAACGACUCGGCUGGAUAAAGGCAAGGGCCGGUCAGAUCGAGCUUUCCAAUCGAGUACAAGGGACAAUCUUUCCGCUACGCCGGCCGAAAUUCUUGAGGGGUCUGUGAAGAGAGAGCCGAUGUCCCUGAGUCGGGCCAAGCAUACAUCGUCCAUCGCGUCGUUCACCUUGGAGGCACUCCUCAAAGUGCCACACCUAGGUGAACUCGCUCGCCUGGUAGUGGACAGUGAGACCAGACGGGAGGAGAAACGACGUCGCAUACGGCUACGAGACGGGCAAGCUCGACCUCGUGAUCUCGAAGUAGAGCGGGAGCGGCUACGUCGAGGUAGAGGGGCAAAAGAUUGGAAAUUGACUGAGGAAGAAAGGCAGAGCAAGAUGCUUCGAUUGGCAUCUUGGGUCAUUCGAUCUGCCGCUGAAGACGGACAAGUGGUCCAAGUAUCCCUGCAGGAUCCGUCUGCCUCCGACAUGUCCGAUGACGACGUUCCGGUCAAGCGCAAACGAGUUCAUUCUUACGGUUACCUACCGACACCUCCAGAGCUCAUCUUACCCCUCGUGAUCGGUAUCGUACAGAAUGAGCAGAUGGCGCGUAAAAAGCUGUUUUUGAAAAAGACGGAUCCAAGACGAGGACAUGGGAUGUUCCUAGAGGAGAUUGUAGGAACUCUUCAGAGAUGUGGAACGGAUGGACGAUGGGAACGAGUGAGAGAAUGGGUCAUCAAGGACGCCAUCGCUCUUGGAGUGACCAAGGGGAAGCUUCGACAAGAGGGGCGGGGAUGGUGGGUUGUAAGCGCCUGAAAUGUUCAGGCAUUCACUAUAUAAUCAGGGGACCUAUCUACUGGUCUGAUGUAGCUCUAUAAUGAUCGGAACCCGCGAUGCAUCCAUGAUAUGGCUC